GAAAGCAGCCCAGUGCAAUUUAUUUUGUACCAGUAAUUUGAAAGAACUGCGCUCUGCGUUAUUGUCUUCAGCACAGUUGAAAGAAGCCGGUGGCAUAUAGAAAUUUGCGCAGCCGAGGUCAGACAACACUGGUUACCACAAGUAACGUUACUCAAGCUUGACUUCUGCUCAAGCAUGAAAGCAGAUAUUAGAAAUAUAACCCUUAUGCUCAUUGGAAUGACUGCUGACCUCUGCAGCAGCACACGUCAUUCCUACACUCUGCCCAGCUGCAAUGCCAUAUUAAGAAGCCCGUCACCAACAGACAACUGCAAGUAUCUCUGCACCGAUGCUUAUGGCAAUAUGCGAUAUGGUGAUCACAAGAACGGAAUGAUUUGCAGGCUCAACUGGGGAAGCGGCAAUUACGGAAAAUGCUUGAACGGAAUGUGCCAAGUGCCUUGGUAUUACCGCCCUGGGAAGUGUGACAAUGUCUACCGCAAAGGAGGAUACGCAACUACAUGCAAUUUCACAUGCUCGGAGGGCUACGGGCCGAGGAUCGUCGCCUACAGGGAUCGGACACCUUGUGUAACAUUAAACCAACGCGGGAAACCCAUUGGAGGAGCAGGCUUGUGCCAAAACGGCGUCUGCAGACAGGGCUACGAUUUAAACAGUGUGCUCCCCUAUUCAGUGUGUCUUCCAAGCGAUGGAGGUGCUGGUUAUAUGAAUUCUAAGUUCAAUAUGACUACAACUGCAAGUGUUGCCGAACGCUUGCAUGAGGAGAAGGAAGCACAUCCUUCAAACUUGAAGAGCUGCAACGACAAAGAAAACUAUUCGAGAAUGGUCUUGAACAGCUGCUACCAUUAUUGCACUAUAAAUGAUAGAUGGUACUACGGUUUCUACAACAGCAACUACUCCAGCUCCUGCAAUCUGCUGGCUCCAACAGCACCCAAUCGACUUGGAUGGUGUUGUAACGGUGAUUGCAUCACACAGGCCCUCUGCGGGAUGAACUCUGUUGAAUAAGGAAGCUAAAUAAAGAAUAAAUAAACAGGUUAAAAUAAACACAUUGAAUAAACAAU